UCACCCUGCCCUUCUUAUAGCGGCGCAGAAUGAGCCAGCCUGCUCUCGCGCAUCGACCUGAGCAAGCGGCUCCCGCCCAGAGUCUCCGCGGGCGAGUUUCACAUCAACUUGCUCUGCGCGUUUCUGUUCGUUUCGUUUUAUUUUGUUCCUGAACGAGCAACACGACAUCCGCAUAUUUUCCAUUAUGAAACUUGCGUUUCUUGUUGCUUUGGCGGUAUCUUUCGUCGGAGAUAUUCUGUCCCUUCCUGCUGGAAUAGAGUCGAAGAGGGAGGACUUGGUGACGCGCUGCAUCGUCGAGGUCCUGUCCAAGGCACUGUCCAAACCCAGCGCAACGCCCGUGGACCCAGAAUGCAAAGACAUUCUGAAAUCAGGUGCGACCCAUGGAGUUGUGGAGAAGAAGAGCGAUGAAGAGGCGGUCCAGAACCAGGAGCCUGAGAAGGAGGCGGCAGAGGUCAAAGGGCAGGAAGAGGAACCCAGCCUUCGAGACCUGAACAAGGAGGAGGCCGAGAACAUCAACAAGCUCCUGAAGGCCGUGGAGGAGAAGCGUGCAGAUUUGGAGGAAAAACGUAAUCAUGGAGACAGCACCGAAGAAGAGGAGCAGCAGGAGGAAGAGGAGGACGUCUUGAAGCGAAGUCACCACAACACGCCAGUUCAGAGCACCAGGGAGGAGUCGGAGGGCGAGGAGGAGAGAGAGAAACGCAUCUGGGAACCCACUCACAGAUACCACCACAAGAAGCACCGGCGCAGUGGAGGCCCUUCAGAAGAGGAAUCAGAAGAAAUCUCCUCCGAAGAGAAAAGAUCUGAAUCUUCAGAAGAAAGCGAAGAGAGGGAGAAACGCAUCUGGAAACCCACUCACAGAUACCACCACAAGAAGCACAACAGACACACCAGGGAGCCUUCUGAGGAGGGGUCUGAAGAACUGAGCUCCAAAGAGAAGAGGUCAGAGUCUUCAGAGGAGAGUGAAGAGAGGGAGAAACGCUGGAAGCCCACUCACCGAUACCACCACAAGAAGCACAACAGACACACCAGGGAGCCUUCUGAGGAGGGGUCUGAAGAACUGAGCUCCGAGGAGAAGAGGUCUGAGUUCUCAGAGGAGAGUGAAGAGCGGGAGAAACGCUGGAAGCCCACUCACCGAUACCACCACAAGAAGCACCGGCGCAGUGGAGACUCAUCAGAGCAGGACGAGAGGGUUAGAUCAGCCCACACAGAGAAGAGCCACCAUCCCGCCGACAUCUUCCAGGAGGUCUUCAAACGGCACGGCUUGGAGGACGAGGAGGAGGAAGAGGCACAGCUGAGGUACCACCCGUCAACAAAGAGACACGAGGAGGAGGAAGAGCAGGAGGAGGAGGAGAGGAGGCGCCUCGACAAAAAAGGCAAACCUCGGCAGAACGAGGAGGACGAAGAGGAGGAAGAGGAGAAGGAGGCAGCGAUGAGGUACCUGCUGGCCAAGAAGAGGAGUGAGGAGGAGGAGGAGAUGGAGAAGAGGUCUCCCUGGGAGUACCGGGGCUACUACCACCCGGCGUGGUGGAAGCGGGCCACCCUGAGGGGAGCAGGGCCGGAGGUGGAGGACGAGAGGAGCUGGUGGGGCGAGAGGCUCCCCCACCGUCUGCCCGAGAAGCGGCCCUACCCCGCCAGCCAGAUGGACCAACUCGCCAAACUCCUCAACUACAAGAAGGCCGAGUUAGCCGGCCUGUCACCGCCCCAGGAGGAGAAGAGAACCCUACACCAGCGACCUCUCACCCCAGAGGAGGAGAAGGAGCUGGAGAACCUGGCAGCGAUGGACGUGGAGCUGCAGAAGAUUGCGGAGAAGAUCCACGAGACGCAGAAGGACUGAGAGGCGGGCUGCUACCGCCAACUGCCAUCUGACAUACUGAGCUGAUGUUCUUCAGCUGAACAUAAUAACAUUAAAAAAUAGUAUUUAUUGGGGGGGGGGGGAGCAUCGUUCCGGAUGCACUGGAGUAAACAUUUGUAUUUGUGCCAUUAAAUAAAAUAAAACAUAUUACACACACACACACACACACACACACUGGCAUGGGAAUUCUCUAUGGAAAAACAGGUGUUUUGCUUAUGCGUUUAACAUUUGAAUGAUUGUCUGUGUUCUUUACAGGUCAUUGUUUUUUUUCCGGGCAGUUGCCUUUGCAUCAAUAAAGAUUGUGAAUUAUUCUGGGACCAAAAA